GUCCGCCUUACCCCAUAUCCACACCUCGUUGCGCACAUAUCUGGUGCGACGGCCCGCCCAUCUUGCAGUCAUCCCCGGACGCCAUGGUGCUCUACUCCUUCUACAUCUUUGAUCGCCACACCGAGUGUAUCUACAGCAGACGAUGGACGCCGCGGCCAGUGUCGUCGAGCAGCAAGGCCGCGCGCCCGCAAUCCGGCUCCAGCAUCACCAGCAGUGGCGACGCACCGACGGGGCGCAAGGGCAUGUCGCAUGCCGACGAUGAAAAGCUGAUAUUCGGGCUGGUCUUCUCGCUGCGCAACAUGGUGCAGAAGCUUGGCGGCGACGACGACACCUUCCUGGCAUACCGCACCGGCGAAUACAAGCUGCACUACUACGAGACCCCGACCCGCAUGAAGUUCGUCAUGCUCACCGAUACAAAGCAGAACCACUUGCGCGCAUACCUGCAUCAGAUCUGGGCGAAUCUGUACGUCGAGUUUGUGGUUAAGAAUCCCCUGGCGCCGGUAGAGCAUCCCGGCGGCAUAGGGGUGGCGAAUGAGCUGUUCGAGAAAGGGCUGGAAGCAUUCAUCACGGCAGUUCUUCCGGCGUGAGGACUAGGUGUCCUGACAAGAGCACUCUGGGGCUGAUAAGCUUGCAUCACCAGCAAUAUGCUUUCGGGGAGCCGGUCGUGUGAAACGAGAAGAGGCAGGUACGCGGCAGGCACGCGGCAGGCACGCGGUAGGCUACAUGGCGACAGAGAGAAGGAGCAUCCAAUGAUGUACCCCACGCCACCACGAAGUCCAUAUCAAGUGAGUAUGGUUGCUGCAUAAGGUCCACAGGCGGGCAGACGCGUGACUACCAAGCAAUUGGAAGAAUGUUAAGCUUCAAUAAGCAUUACCUAUUGCACCUAGGCAGCUAUGGCCUUCUUGACCCGGGUAUAUUGGCCAAGCCAUGAAUGCCAGUAAACGUCGUAGAUCUCUCAUAGUAUCGAUGCUUCUCUUUCCUGAACGCCUGGAUAGAGCCUCCCGCAAUGA